CCAGCGAACGGUGGUGGUACAAUUCGUAACGCGCUUAGGAAAUAGAGAGCUGUAAAAGGUGUGUUUUUGUGAAGGCGUUGACUUCUGAUUGCAACCGAACCAGUGCCAAGUACGAACCUAGUAGGCCGUGAUCAUGAGGCAUUCCGCGUUGGUAGUGCUGUUGUGUAGUGUUCUUGUGCCCAGCAUACACUCUGCUCCACAACGAAGCAUUGACUUUUUGCUGGGCGAUGAAGAACUCCAGGCCGUUGUGAAACCUAUCGCGGAGAAUACCCCGUCUACUACCUCUGCGCAGCAGCAAACAGUAGCGUAUGACGAUGAUCAACAGAGUGAAGUGCAAGCAACAGUGGAUCCGAUUGAAAAUGAGCAGCAGACGGAGGAUCCUCAGCAGGAUCUACCCGUGACUGUAGAUUAUCCCGAGGAGGAACAGUUAACCGAAGAUCCUCAAGAUGAUGUCCUCGAUCCGGUAACAGACAGUUCCAAGGAUGACGAUAAUACGACAAAUGCAACAACAUCCAACGAUUCUACGUCCGUGACUCCCAGCACCACUAUGUCUUCAUCACCAAGUGAAGUGACGACUCCCACACCUAAAGCCUCAACAGCACCUACGACCGAUUCAGUGGAAAAUAUCUCUUCCGAAGAGCAACUCACAACUAAUCCUAUCGUGGUUCCAGAAAACGGAGAUCCAUCUACAACCGAAUCGAGCGAAGAUUCGAAUCAGCUCGCCCAGGAUGUUAAUGACUUCAUACACGAUCUCGCAAAUGAGGUACGAUCGGGUGCAAGGGAUGAGCCGCCUCGUCCACAGACACCAAAACCCAGUGUGCCGCAACUCUCCACAGUACUGCCCACCAUGCUACCGGAACGUUACGAUUCCAAAUCGGUCGAAAGUAGUGAAGACGAUGAUCAGGUGCAGCUGAAAGUAGAUCCGAACGACACACAGACGACCAAUGGCCUUCCGCUUACGGAGGAUCAGUUCCGCACUCUGCUCCAAAAAUUUCCCUGGUUCGGUCAACAGCGAUUCCCAGCUGCAGGCUACGAUCAAUGGCACCAUCAGGGUUUUCCGCAACGCUCCAGCUGGCAGCAUCGUGACGAUCGUCAACGACACUAUCAAAGCCACGGUGCGGAUAGUUUUCAAGGUCAUGGAUUUCACCGCAGCUCUUGGCAUUGACGCGUGCUCUUUGCGCUUUCUAUGCUGGCCUUUUAACGGACACCGUCAACGACAGGGAAAUCCCGAAAUUCAACCAAAUAUGGAAACAACAUCGCGUGAACGAUAUGAUUUUUUUUAAUCGAUACGAAACUGAUAAAACUGUGAUUCAACUUAGAAACACACCACUAAGGGCCACCGAUUAUAAUAAACAACAAAACAAUUAUACAUGACCAACUGGUGCACCCGUCAGGCGUUUGGACUCAUGCGUCACAUUAGCAUCUCACGGUCAGGAACAGGUUUUGCCGUUGACUUACGCUGAUAACUUGCCAAGAAUGCAUUACUCAUGGGAGGUCGGUGCUUUUGCUCUGCGGGCGGUACAACGGAAACCGCACAACAGUUUCCCAAAUCGGUACACGCUGUAACCGAUUUAAUGAAUAUUAGAGUGGCUAGCAUUGGAUUUGUACACGAAUGUGCGGUAAAUUGCGCGAAUGUAUUGCUUGAAUGAAUCCGAAGAAUGGCAACACGGUGGCUCAAAAUUAAAAGCGCAAAAUAUAUGAUCCAGAUGAAGAAUCACAGAACGCGAAAUUGCAACACGCCAUUUUCCUUAAUUGAAUUUUUGGUGAUUAAUAAGAAGCUAGUUUGUUAGUUUAUUGCCUAAUUAGUGUGAAAAUGACGCAUAAACAUUGAUGAAUAAUUUAUGUGAUUUACAAAAACUAAACAAAGAAAACAGGAAGAGUUAUGAACUGUUUUUUGACAACAUUAAAAAAAUAAACAUAC